AACAAUAAUAAACACGAAAUUAAUUUAUACAUCAUACUAAAAUUUCUACAAAAAUAGAUUUAUACUUAAUUUACUCGAAUUAUCAAUUCAAAUAAAAAAAAAUGGUGGCAGCAAAUAAGAAAAUGGCAGUAUUAGUAGGAUGUAACUAUCCGAACACCCAAUAUCACCUACAUGGUUGCAUAAACGACGUGGUAUCGAUGAAAUCGACGCUCGUUGAACGAUUUGGGUUUGAGCCAAAAUUGAUUGAGGUCUUAAUAGAUGAAGGUGAAGGGUCUAAAGAUUUAUUUCCUUCUGGAGUUAAUAUAAAAAAGGCACUUAAAAGAAUGAUUGAUGAAGCUAAAGAAGGGGAUGUCUUAUUUUUUCAUUAUAGUGGGCAUGGGACUCUUGUUCCUUCUAAACAUCAUUUACUUGUGAAACAAGAGGAAGCAAUUGUUCCUACUGAUUUCAACCUCAUAACUGAUAUGGAUUUUAGGCAACUAGUCAAUGGGCUACCAAAAGGAGCAAGUUUAACGAUCCUCUCAGACUCAUGCCAUAGUGGAGGCCUAAUUGAUAAGGAGAAGGAGCAAAUUGGGCCCAACAGCUUACCAACUACCACAGAAUCAAACAUGAAUUUAGUCCAAAAACAUUCCAAGCCCAAGAAGAUCCCAUAUGAGUCAAUCUUGGGCCACUUAUCUACUCUUACAAACAUAUCUGGGCCUGACAUUGGGGCCCAUUUAACCACUCUCUUUGGUGAUGACGCGAGCCUUAGGUUUCGUCUUCCUGAAUUGGAUCUAGAUCAAUGGUUCGGGCCUCACAGGCCGGACUCUGGCAUUUUAUUGAGUGGAUGUCAGUCCAACGAAACCUCAGCCGAUAUGCCUGCUACUGGGGCCAAUGGAAAGGCUCAUGGGGCAUUUAGCUAUACUGUCCAGUCAGUACUAAAAGCCCAACAAGGCCCAAUUAGCAACAAAGAAGUGGUGAUGCUGGCUAGGAAGGAACUAGAAAAAGAAGGACUUGAAGGGCAACACCCUUGCUUGUAUUGUAGUGAUGAGAAUGCUAAAGCACCUCUCUUGUGCAUGAAAUAAUCAAAAAGUAAACAUCUUACAUAAAUUGUUUGAUGUGACAAUCUAAUUGAGAGACGUGCUUUAUAUAUGGGGAAAAUAACUAAUCUCGUAUAUAUUAUGAGAAUCUAGGCUUCUUAAUUGAGGUCGUCUCACCAAAAGACGAUCUCUCACUUAAGUAGCUCACCUUCUCCGUAAAUCUUUACUUACACCAUUUUAAUAGUCUUUAUUAUUUAGUACUCAGGUUUUGUUGAUUAUGUAUAAGAAAAUAUUUAGUUUGAUGAAAUCUGGUUUAAUUUGUCCAUUCAUAUAUGUUCAUUACAAUUAAUUUUUUAAUUUAUGUUGUACAAAAGUCAAGGAUUAAAAUUGUGUUUUAUAUAGUU